UCUGUUAAAUACCGGUCACUGUCUUUAUUGCCUAUAGCUAUUACUCCAUUUCUAAAGCGUCAGUUUCAUCUUUUGUUCAAACAGAGAAGAGAAUAAUGCAAAAUAUAUUCAAAUUCCCGAAAAUACCAGAGAAUUGAGACGGGACGUCGAUCCAACUAUCGUGGAGUUUCUAUUUAUAUCUUCGCCUCCAUCUUCUCUCUCUUGAUUAGUGAGAGAAGAGGGGGAAGAUGACUUCCUAUCUCCGGCAGAAGUUUCAGUCCCUCACCGUCUCGUCGGAAGAUGCGAAAGACGCUGAGCUCACCUCUGAGAAGAGAGAAGAAAUGGAGCAAAAUAAAAUUCAAGCUAUGAAAGCUCUCGUCAUCAAACAAGAUCCCUCUGCUAAGGAUGUGGAUGACUUGAUGAUCCGUAGAUUUCUUCGAGCUCGUGAUCUGGAUGUCGAUAAGGCGUCGGCAAUGUUUCUCAAGUAUUUGAAAUGGAGGAGGGAAGCUAUUCCGAAUGGAUUUAUAUCUCCAUCGGAGAUUCCUAAUGAUCUGGCUCAGAAUAAGCUGUUUAUGCAAGGAUAUGAUAAGGCUGGACGGCCAAUUGUCGUUGUUUUUGCUGCUCGGCAUAAGCCUGCUUCCACUACCGUGGAAGAGUUUAAGCGAUUUGUUAUUUACACUCUUGAGAAAAUUUGUGCCAGAAUGCCAAGUGGACAUGAGAAGUUCACUUCCAUUGCUGAUCUACAAGGAUGGGGUUAUGUUAACAGUGACAUAAGAGGCUAUCUUGCUGCUUUAUCUAUUCUGCAAGAUUGCUACCCUGAGAGGCUGGGCAAGUUGUUGAUCAUCAAUGUGCCCUACAUAUUUAUGACUGCUUGGAAGAUGGUUUACCCUUUUAUUGACAAGAACACAAAGAAAAAGAUUGUUUUCGUUGAGGACAAAAAACUACGAGCUACCCUACUUGAAGAUAUCGAUGAGAGCCAGCUUCCCGAUUGUGUAGGAGGGCCUCUGAAGUUGGUACCCAUUCAAGAUUGCUGAUACGGAUCGAUUCGAGAGGCUGUUCAUUUUAAGAUUUAUUCCUUUGUUACAAUGGUUGUAAUUUUAUAGUAUCAAUUACCACACAUUGCCUCCCAUAUUCUACAGCUGCACUUUCAUACACAA